AUGGCGCACGAUGCAGCAGCACCUUUAGCAGAACGAGACGCAGCUCGGAUCCGGCAGAUAGCAGUGAGCUCAAUGAUUCAAGCCACAGCUCAGCAAAAGCUGCUCAUUGCGAACCGCGCCAAGGUGAGACGGUCAGCGGAACUUUUGGAACUCGAGAUUGGCGACCUGGUUGAGAUUUUCAGGCGGCCAACUACGAAGGACGCCAGCGGCUGGGUUGGCCCUGCCACGGUCUCCGAUCUGUCAAGCCUCAGGGAAGGGAUCGUGUAUGUGCGCUGGCAGGGCAGCCAUCAAAUCCCGUGCGGCUUCUACGUGAUGCUGUGGAAGCUCAACGAGGAGAAGCUCUACGGCUUGGCUGGUUCAAGCAGGGAGCAUGCUGGGUUUCGUGUGAAGGAAACCGGCACUAUGCGGAGGUGCUCAAUGCCGGACUCUAUGUUGCCGGAGUGUGUCAGGUUCGGGCAUGGAGUCAAUGGCCUCCCAGCGACGGUCUAUGACGACACGUUGAUCGUGUGGUGGCAGUGCGGUGAUCUUCGGAGGUGGAAUCAUUGCUUCAUCACCGGAGCCAAGUACAUCAGCUUGGAGAGGCUGACCGAGCAGAAGCAGGUGGCUUUCGUGCAGUACUUCAUGGUUGAUGACGAAGAAGUACGGCAACUACGGACUCAGGUGGAUGACACUCCACACAUCGGUGGCCCACACGAACCACAGGCCCCCGAGCUGGUCGAGGUCAAGGACAAAGACCUUGUGCGAAAAAGGAAGGUGAGGGCAAUCGUUGAUGCCCAACCAGCACCUGGUGAGCCUGGAGAGGAAGAGCAUGCAGCGAGUCAAAACGCUGCAGAAUCCGAAGAGCCUGAUGUGCCGGGCAGUGAGCCAGAACGAGGAACAGCCUUUGUCUCUGCGGUCCCAGCGGUGGCAGAUUUCAUGGAGAUGCCGGAGGUGACGAAUGCUGGUGAGCUUCAAGAAGCCGCAGAGCUGGAGCUGACAUAUGGAGUUCUGGUCUACACCACCGGCAACAUCCGGAAGCUCAUGAGUCAGAUGCGCAAGCAGGACACAGCCCUGGUUUUGCUGUCCAACGACAAGCCCUUUGCAGCCAUCGAGCGCGAGCACAAUGUACUGACACGUGAAGAAGCACUGGCCAACGCUGAGAGGUGCCGCGAGUCCAUGGUGCAGGAGCUGCAGCGCUGGAUCAAGCACAAGUCAUGGUGCAGAACGGCCAAACAUGGUCAGAAGAACAUCCUGCGCAGCAAGUGGGUUUUGAAGUGGAAGGCUGUGGAGAACGCCGACAAGAAGAUCAAGGAGCUGGCCGAAGCAGGUGAAGACCGCAGAGAAGUUGCUUUGGAGCUGCCUCCAGGCGGCGAGACAUUGCUGCGUAUGCAGCCGGGCUAUGAGGACUUCAACCCCGAGGUCGAGGUCCUGAGGCGUGCCCUCGCUGAAAUUGGGGUCACGCCGACCACGAUCGACCCGCAGACCUUCGUGCGGCAUGAGCGGGGAUGUUUGGUGCUCGUUCUGACGGUUCACGUCGACGACUUGAAGCUUUGCGGAGAGGAUAAGAUCGUUAAGAUCGUGAUCGCGAAGCUGGAAGAUCGCUUCGAAAGCAUGAAGGUCGAGAAGGGCAACUUCACUCACCUCGGACUCAAGCACGAGACGAGCGCGGAUGGCAUGGUGACGAUCAGCCAGGAGCACUACAUCCGCGAGUUGAGGUUGAUUCCGGAGGAGGAGUUGAAGUUGCAACCAAAAGAACAGUUGGUGGGACCGGACUACCACAAGUAUUACAUGUCGCUUCUGGGCGGUGUUGCCUGGACCACGGAAGACCUCUUGAAGUUGAACAGGCUGGUUCGCUACAUCAAGCAGAACCCCCUGAAACUGGUCUACCACAAGAUCACUGGUCCCCUGAAGCUGAUGGCCAUCACCGACUCGGCCUACCGCGGUGAGGACCAGGACCACUUGGCAGUGAGGAGCGGGCUGAUUGUGCUGAUUAGCGCAAAGGGCCCGGUUGUCGGGAACAACCCGAUACAGAUCUUGGAGUACAUCUCCAAGAAGCAAUCCCGCGUGUGCCGGAGCACGUUUACGGCGGAGCUCUACAGCGCGCUGGACAUGGUCGGCUUGGGCUUGAACAUAUGCAUGAUGGUGAAUGAGAUCACCAAUGGUGUGCAAUCAGCAGCACACAUGGCAGACAAGCUCGAGUGCGGCAAGAUCACAGAAGGCCUAGAUGUGGCCAUCGAUGCAGAUGCCGUCUUCCGGGCUUUGGCAGCCAAAGAAGUGAAGACGCCCACGGACGCCAUCAUGUUGAUCCACGCCUUGAAGUUCAAGGAGUGGUUGAAGACAGGCCAAGUCAAAAGCCUGAUGUGGAUCGACACUAGAGACAUGCUGGCGGACGCGUUGAACAAGGGCUCGAUUGACAGAGCCGCUCUGAGGACUGCAGCCGAGGAGGGGAUCUGGAAGAUCGAGCACGCGUUCAAGACGCACCAGGAGAACAUCAAGCAGGCGGAGAUAUGCACGGCGGUGACGAUCAUGGUCUACGCUCUCUUCAUAGGCGUCGAGUUAGAGAUUGAGACCAACUACCCGGAGGCUGCUCAGCACAUGGCCAUUGCCCUGUUGGUGUGCCACGUCUUGUUCAACAUCAUCUUCAUCGUGGAGCUGGUGUUGCGCCUGCGAUCUGUGGGGCUCAGGUACUGCUCGCCCUUCAACCCUGUGGGCUUCUUCGACACCUUGAUCAUUCUCAUCGGCACCGGGGAGACGCUCUUCUCCGUGGUGCUGGCCAUGAUGUCACAGGACAACGCGGGCUCCGUCAUGGCCAUCGCCGGGGUCAUGCGAAUCCUGCGGCUCCUGCGCCUCGCCAGGCUGCUGCGCGGCUUCUUGGUGUGCCAUGAGUUGCGCUUGCUGGUCACCGGCAUGAUCCUGGCGCUGCCCACGGUGCUGUGGGCGGGGGUCUUGUUUGGCAUCGUGGUCUACCUGGGCACCAUGUUCAGCGUGAUUCUGCUGGGCAACGUGGAGGAGCUCCACGACUACUUCGGCACCUUCGGCCUGGCGCUCUGGAGCCACUUUGUGAUCGUCACCAUGGAGACAUGGCCCGACAUCGCGGAUGCGGUGCUGGAGGUGGCCAGUCCUUUGUGGGGCCUCUACUUCGUGGUCUUCAUCUGCGUCUCCAGCAUGUCGCUCAUGAACCUGGUGACGGGCGUCAUCGCGGAGAAGCUGAUCACCACCAGGGACGAGCCGAUGCCAGAAGGGCCUCGGGAUGAGCAGGAGGUCUUCCAGAAGGAGAAGGCGGCUCUCAAGGCGGAUCUCAGCGCCCUGCUGUUGGACGAGGUGGACAUCGACGUGGACCUCUUCGGAGGUUUGUUGGAGACCCCCACCCUGCGGACCUGGCUGCACAAGCUGCAGGUCUCUUCUGAGCUUCCGGCCCACGAGCUCUACGAGCUCAUCAGCUCCGGGGUGAAGGAGCACCUCUCAUUGGAUGAGCUGGUGGAGGGCCUUUUCUUCCUCAGGGGCUCCAGUCUCCGAGUGCAUUCGCUGCUGCUGCAGCAGGACCUCUCCGGGAUCUCAGGUUUGGGCGCCGUGGCGUCAGGUUUUGGUUUCACGUGCACCCGCCGGAAAGUGCGGAAGAGGACCUGCGCCGCUACAGCGCGGAGGAGCUGGAGAGCCUCAAGGAGCUGCAGGCGGAGGUGCGGGAGAAGACCCAGGAGGAGCUCGGCGCGCUGCAGGAGGCCUUUGUCGAGGAGCUCGCCAAAGUCCGGCUUUGUGCGGACCACGACCACUCCGCAGACGAAGGGGUGCAGCGCUCGUCCUGGGAAGCGGAGAUCGCGAACUUGGAGCGCCUGGCGCAGGAGUUGGAGUCGCUGAAGCUGUCAGCCACUGGCAAAGCGCUGGCAGCUCCGACGGCAGAGCCUGCGGCUCCGCCCGAAGCAGCGGAAGUCUCGCCCCGUAGCGGGCCGGAAAUGGGGUGACUGCGUGCGGCUUGGGGUCUUCCAUUUGGCCCACGAAAAGUUGAACUUUUACCAGCGGGA